AACGAUAGUUUCAGUCAAACCAGCGUUCAGUCCAGACGUCGUCUAUAUAAACUGAUACGCCCGACAAGUUUCUCCAGUGUUGUGUGGAUUAUUUUUAAGGACAUACACCGCCAGAAAAAAAAAAUAGAGACAAAAACAAAAUGAAGCAAUUCGUUGUGUGUACCAUUGUGGCCGCUUUGUGCGUUGCAUCUGCAAAUGCCGCUUUCGAAUGCCCCAAACCCAAUGGCCAGUUCCCCGAUGACAAGCAAUGUGAUAAAUACUAUGAAUGUGAUGAUGGCGUUGCCAAGGAAAAGUUGUGUCCCGAUGGUUUGGUCUUCGAUCCAUUGAACCGUCAAAUCAACAAAUGUGAUAUGCCAUUCAAUGUUGAUUGUGGUGAUCGUGUUGAAUUGCAAGAACCAAUUUCCUCCAAAUUCUGUCCCCGCAAGAAUGGUUUCUUUGCCCAUCCCGAUGAAACUGUCUGCAAUAUCUUCUUCAACUGUAUCGAUGGUGAUGCUUUGGAAACCAAAUGUACCGUAGGCUUGCAUUUCGAUGAAUACAGCGGUACCUGUGUCUGGCCCGAAACUGCCAAGCGUGAAAACUGUGUUGAAAAGCCAAAAAUGUCCGCCACCGGCUUCCAAUGCCCCAAGGACAAGCCAAAGACUGAUGCCCGCGGUCAAGUUAUUUCCCACCCCAGAUAUCCCCAUCCCACCGAUUGCCAGAAAUUCUAUGUCUGCUUGAACGGUGAAGAUCCCCGCGAUUUGGCCUGCCAAGCCGGUGAAGUUUACAACGAUGAAUCCGAAAUGUGCGAUGCUCCCGAAAAUGUACCCGGUUGCGAAGAUUGGUUCAAGGAUUCCGAUGAAAAGAAAGAAUAAGAAGAUUGUUCUCCCUCUCUUAUAGCAGAGCUGUAACAUCAGUUUGUUUGACUAUUUUUGUGUUAAAACAAAAUGCCCGUUUUAUCACAGAUUUAGUAGUCAUUUAGGUUAUUCCUAUAUAGUUUGUAAUGAAAUAUCCCAAAACGAUACAUAGUCCACCUUAUUGAUGUCACACGAUAUCGUACAUAUACGCCACGCACACACAAUUCAUUUAGUAAUUCGUUGAACAUAAAAAAGAGUAGAAGAAAAAGUUUAACUCUCAAGAACUAAAACUUUGACUGAUCAACUUGUGCUGUACUUAAACAAAAAUAUUUUUCAAUACUCUUUUUAAAAAACAAUUUUGUUUCUUAAUCUAUUUUUGUGUAUAGAAUGUGUAUCUUAUCAAAACUUUUUGUUGUAUAUAUUUAAGACAAAAUAAUAAACAAAAAAUAUUAUUAAACUAUUUAAAAAUAUA